UUUAUAAGAACAAUCGCUUUUAUUAUUUAUAAGAACAAUAUGCAUUUUAUUCAAAAAAUUUAAAUUCCAUAAAAAAUCCAAUAAUCAACAAGGAUAUGACUUAACAACGACUAAUGCCUUAGAAAUUCACAAGCAAUCAUACUAACAUUUCUUAUUCCAAUGAAGAAAAUGGAAACAUCAUAAUUGAGUCCAAGUUGAAGUAAACACUCUUAAUUUUUUUUCCUUGUCAUUUUUCCAUCAUUCUGGCCUCCAACUGUCACACCCCCGUGAGAAUAUGCGACUUCACAACUCACGACCAAAAUCUCUCUCUUAUAAAUCAAUUUCAAGACAGCCGCUUUCUCUUACCAGACUCUCUACAUCAAUAUAUGAUCCAUCUCAUCUCGAAAAUCUGGGCAUGUACAACAACACAGCAUACUAAAUUUUGGCGAUGGAAAAUGUGGAAGUGCCCGAGUACUUCAUCUGCCCCAUCUCCCUCCAGCUCAUGACCGACCCCGUCACGGUCAGCUCCGGCAUCACCUACGACCGCCACAGCAUCGAGCAGUGGCUCUUCACCAACCACAACACCAUCUGCCCCGUCACCAAGCACCCCCUCCCCCUGGCCGCCUCCCUCACCCCCAACCACACCCUCCGCCGCCUCAUCCACGCAUGGCUCACCCUCCACACCCCCGCCCCCCUCACCGACCUCUACCUCACCAAUCUCAUUCGGGGCCUCAGCUCCCCCCAAUCUCGCCUCCACACGCUCCGCACGCUCGAAGCCCUGGCGCUCGAGAGCGACGCGAAUAGGGCUUACAUGGCCAAACAUCGCUUGCCCAACAAACUCAUCUCUUUUGUUGCUGCAUGCCGGAGAAAGGCUGCCACGGAGGGGCUCGCGGAGGCUCUCAGCAUUCUCUACACCAUUCGGGGCUCCGGUGGGAAUUUAAAAACGGACGAGGAGAGAUCCAACGGCGAGAUCAUCGACGCGUUGAUGUGGGUUUUCGAGCACGAUCGCUUCAGAGGCGACGAGACGGUGAGGUCACACGCGGCGCACGCGCUGCGGGCGGCGGUGGAGGAGGCGGGCGCGGGGGUUCUGGAGCGGCUGAAGCCGGAGUUCUUCCGGACGACGGCGCGUGGGCUGCGGGAGGGAGGCGCGUGGGAGCAGGCGCUGCUGCGGGUGCUGCUGGAGGCGUGCCCCUGGGGGCGGAACCGGGCGAUGAUGGUGGAGUCAGGGACGGUUUUCGAGGUGGUGGAGGUGGAGCUGAGGUGCCCGGCGGAGAAGAAGACGACGGAGCUGGUGCUGGGGAUCAUAUACCAGCUGUGCCUGUGCGCGGAGGGGAGGGCGCAGCUGCUGAGCCACGCGGCGGGGAUCGCGGUGGUGACGCGGCGGAUCCUGCAGGUGUCGGCGGCGGCGGACGACAGGGCGGUGCUGAUCAUAUGGCAGAUAUCCAAGUACGCGGCGAGCAAGGGGGUGGUUGAGGAGAUGGUGAGGGUAGGGACGGUGACGAAUUUGUGUCUGCUGAUGCUGGCUGAUACAGCUUCCUACUUGAAGGAGAAGGCGAGGAAGAUUUUGAGAAUGCAUUUUGAUGCUUGGAAACACUCGCCUUGCAUUGAGAUUGCUACCAUAACUAGGUAUACCACCUGACCUCACACUUGGGAUUAAUUCCUCAAAUUAAUAGGAGUAUUGUUUUAUAUUUAUUCAAAAUAUGUCAUCAAUAUGACUUUGGAUUUAGAUCAUGGGCAUCCACGUAUUCCUGCGGUUUCAUUUUUGUUGGAGGUAUGUUUGUCUUUUUGUUUUUUUAUUUGUUUUUGGAUUUCUUUAUGGUUCAAAUAUACACACCUUUUAUAGACUUCUAGCAUAUAUCUCAACGAUAAUUUGUAGAACUGUACCUCACAAGUGAUUAUUUUAUGUGUUUAUAUCUCAA